UUGGUUCAAAUACUAUUUAACCAAAUGACAUGGCUUAUUGAUUCAACAACCUAACAUAAAUUAAAAUUCAAAUCUUGUUUAGUGUAGAAGGGGUUAGAAUCGCUUAACACUACCACAGAGUGGUUCACAUCACAUCGUUUUCGAUUUGAAAUGGAACGCUGGAGUGGAGUUUUGAGAGUCCCCAUGCAUUCCAGCAGUGGGACAUUCCAUAGAGUUGGUGCAUCUCUUUGCCUUUCUUCUCAAACCACAACUUUCACUGUGCCUAUUGCAAAUGCCAUAUUUUUCUGUGGUGAUCGAGUCGAAAGGACCGGUAACCCAUUGAUCGAAAAGCUAUCCGAUUUACAAAAGCUAUCUGAAAUCAUUGUGUCAAAAUUCGGUUCUUCCAUCAAUGCUUGGGUCAUUGAGGCUUCGGUUUUUAAUGGAUCUUUCGCGGUCUAUAAGGACUUUAUACCAUCUGUGAAUCAAUAUGGAGAGCCAAAGGCAUACAGUCCGAUUGGAUUUCCGGCGUCUACGUCGACCGUCUCACUUCUAUCUAAUUGCCUUGAGCAAGUAACAAAAAUAAUUUCAGGAAGGCAAGUAGACACUCCUUCUUGUAGUUUACAUCAACCUAAGACAUUCAUCCUUGGAUUUAGCAAAGGCGGAACUGUACUUAAUCAGAUAGUUACUGAACUCGGCUUCUCAGAUAUUGGAUCUAAUGUGAAUUCAUCUGAUUCGGAGAUUUGCAUAGUACCUAAAACAAAGGAAGCUUUACUAAACAGCAUCAGUGAGAUUCAUUAUGUUGAUGUUGGUUUGAACUCAACCGGUGCGUACUUAACAAACCGUGAUGUGUUUGAGAGGAUCUCGGAAAGGCUCGUACAUAGAGCGCCUCGACUUCGUUUUGUCCUUCACGGAACGCCGAGACAGUGGAAUGACAAGCAGCGAGACUGGAUACGGAAGGAGAAGGACGAAAUGCUGCUUCUGCUUGAGUCGGAAGCUGGCAAAAGCGGGGGAAAGCUUGAAUUUUUAUCAAGGUAUUAUUUUUCUGAUAAGCCUCCGACUUUGCAGAUGCACUUUGAAAUAAUUGAAAGCUUAGAUGUAAGUUAGUACAUCACUCCACAUAGGUCUGUUGAAAAUGUGUUACUUAUCAGGAUGACAGUGAAUAUGUGAUGUUCUUCUGGAAUGAUAUAAUGGCAAAAGGGAAAACAAAUGUCAUUAGUUUUAUGAAGUUGAGUUAAACUCAACCCAAAUUUUAAGAAUCACUGACAAAAGGCAUUUGUGUAUCAUGUUGUGGUUUUGAACUUCGAUGAAUUGCGGUCUAUUUUUUCAUAUUAACCUUCGGGUUCUGGUUCUCCAGAAAUUCGGAGUUCUUCCCGAAGUUAAGUAUAAUUUGAUCAGAUAUUGUUUGCACUAGGAAAGCGGGUCAACUUUGUUCUUCUAAAGGGCAUGUACAACCAUUUCAAAAGUUCAUACUGUCCUGUUUUGGUGUUUACAGCCAUGAUGUGGACAUUUCUGUUGAGUUUGGUAAAGAAUACAAUGUAUAAGCAAUUUGUCCUCAA